AUGAUGCAGAACUUGGAAAGAGCAUACAAACUGUCCUUUAGAGCUCCAUGUCAAAAUUUUGCAGUGAGGUCUCGCAUAUGUCAUGGCCAAAAUGUUACACUGCCAAAUAGUUCAGGUGCUCCUGGACCUUCUGAAGCUCUGCAUCCCCAGCAGCAAUCUCCACAAGUGGUAGCACAACCACAUACCUCUGGUGCAUCCAGACCUGCUAUAUCUCCUCAUGACCAGGAGCAGUCCCCCCAUGGAGUCUCGCCAUCCAUUAGUGCAGGUACAUCUGGACCUGCGGUAACUCCACAUCUUGGGCAGCAAUCUCCGCAAAGUCAUUGAAACAUGUAUGUUUGCAAUCCUGUUAGUUUAUUGUUUGAGUAGUUACCUAAUCCUAUCACGAAUUAGUUAUAUUAUUGUUGCUUCAGCUUAAGAAUCCCUAGAAGGAAAUAUAACAUUUUGAUUGAUAUGUAAUUCAAAUGAAACACUUUCAACAACUAUGAGCUACAUACUUGAUUAUAACUAAUCUGAUUUUCUGAGAUGGGUAUUUUUAG